AUGGAGUUGAGAAAUGACACCAGAGUAAAGGAAUUUAUAUUUCUGGGUCUUACUCAGUCCCCACACCUGAGCCUGGUCUUAUUCCUUGUUUUGUGUUUUGUGUACAUGACAACGCUGCUGGGGAACAUCCUCAUCAUGAUCACUGUGACCUUUGAGCCCCGUCUCCACACGCCCAUGUACUUCCUGCUCCGCAACCUUGCCGUCCUGGACAUCUGCUUCUCCUCCAUCACAGCUCCUAAGGUCUUGGUGGACCUUCUCUCAAAGAGAAAGACCAUUUCCUAUGCAAAGUGCAUGACACAGAUGUUUUUCUUCCACCUGCUUGGUGGGGCAGACAUUUUCUCUCUGUCUGUGAUGGCAUUUGACCGUUACAUGGCCAUCUCCAAGCCCCUGCACUAUGUGACCAUCAUGAGCAGUAGACGCUGCACAGCUCUCAUCAUGGCCUCCUGGGUGGGGGGCUUUGUCCACUCCAUUGUGCAGAUUUCUCUCUUGCUCCCACUCCCCUUCUGUGGACCCAAUGUUCUUGAUACUUUCUACUGCGAUGUCCCACAGGUUCUCAAACUCGCCUGCACUGACACUUUUGUCCUUGAGCUCCUGAUGAUCUCCAACAAUGGCCUGGUCACUACCCUGUGGUUUGUCUUCCUGCUGGUGUCCUACAUGGUCAUUCUGACAAUGUUGAGGUCUCAGGCAGGGGAAGACAGGAGGAAAGCCAUCUCCACCUGCACCUCCCACAUCACUGUGGUCACGCUGCACUUUGUGCCCUGCAUCUAUGUCUAUGCCCGGCCAUUCACUGCCCUCCCCACAGACAAAGCCAUCUCUGUCACCUUCACGGUCAUCUCCCCUCUGCUCAACCCCUUGAUCUACACUCUGCGGAACCAGGAGAUGAAGUCAGCCAUGAGGAGACUAAAGAGAAAGUUCAUACCUCUUGAAAAGUAA